UGGUAUUAACACCUGCACGUCUGCUAUCAUUUUCUGAAAUCAUGACAGUUUGUUCUCAAUUUUUUUUUCCGGGGGGUGGAUUUUAUUUUCGUAACUUCUGAAGGAUGUGCAAAAUUUUAAAGGCAAAGUAUUGAAACAUUUCAAGCUGUAGGUUUGUUAGUUUCUUUUUCCCCUGAGGCUAGUGUUAAUAGUUGUGUUUUACUUCAGUGUAAAAAUACCCCUUUAAAAAAAAAAUCAAAGAUUCUGAAACAAGGAAAUACGCAAAGCCUCAAAGCAGCUGUGUAAAUUCACACAGGCUUUGGGCCUGUAACGAGCCAGCCUUAAGGGAAUGAUAGUGGAAAAUCAGAUUUUUACUUAACAAUUAAAUUACAAUUAUGAAUGAGUGCUACAUUCAUUUUAGUCAAAUAUCAGCACCGUGUGUAUUUCCUCAAGCUUUUUCUGCACGCUGCCAUCAUCACCACGUACGUCAUCAGUAAGAAAUGCUGAGCAUGACAACACAUAAGAAAAUUUUUCAAGGUUGUUUUGCAGAAGCUUCUUCUAUGUGUCAUCCUGUUCUACACCGUGUACUAUGUGUCCCUGAGCGUGGGCUGCAUAAUGUUUCAGGUGCAUGAGUUGGAUUUCCUGGCACCAUUCGAUUUCAAGACAAAUCCCUCAUGGCGCAACAUAUAUUACAAAGUUCUUUUAGUUUCAACAGAAGUCACCUACUUUGUUUGCGGAUUGCUUUUUGUUCCGGUUGUGGAAGAAUGGGUUUGGGAUUAUGCUAUUUCAGUAACUAUUCUUCAUGUUGCCAUCACUUCAACUGUUAUGUUGGAAUUCCCCUUGACAUCACAUUGGUGGGCUGCUCUAGGAUCCGGCUUAAUUUCAAUGAUAUGUGGAGGCCAGAUUUUAGCAUACUGUUUGUUCAAAGACAACUUUAUCUAUCCAGAUCUGGAUAAUUUUUAACAGAACAGUUGAAUUAAUUUGCCUUAGAAUUUCUGUAUUAUUACAUACAUUGUGUUAGAGCCAAAUUUUAUUCCUUGUUCAAACUUACAUUCAAGGUUAAAUGUAUUCAGUAUAAAAAGAAGUUAAUGGAGUGCAGAACAACUCAAGUAAAAAACUUCAUAAGAAACAUGUUGAAACUUUUAACCUGCAGUGUUUCCCAAAGUGUGUUCCAUAAAAUGCCAGUUCUAAAAGAUGUAAUAUUGCUGUGCAAAGGAGAAACAAUUUCAUGUUUAUACAGUAUGUGGAAUCCUGGGUUUAGGUAAAACAGACUUAUUUAUUUCAGGACUUCUCUGAAUGUGUAUUUAUUUAUUUUGAGACAGGAUCUCACUUUGUUGCCCAGGCUGGAGUGCAGUGGCAAUAAUCAAAGCUCACUGCAACCUCCAACUCCUGGUCUCAAGCAAUCUUCCUGCCUCAGCCUCUUGAGUAACCAGGACAACAGGCACCUGCCACCACACCUGGCUAAAAUCUUUAACAUACUAUUAUGAACAAGCCAUCCCUAAGCUAUAGUGUACAUUAUGCACUGUUUCUUAAACGUAUUUGACCAGGGACACACUUUAGAAGCUGCUGAUAUAUACUGUGGAAACUAUAAUGUAGUAAGAGGGCAGAUUCAAACCUAAUGUGAAUCCCUGCAACCAGAAUUACAUUCUAUGAUUAGCCUCUGGUAUUUGUUCUCUGUUAGAGCAUUUCUUAUGAAAUUAUUUCCUUUUUUUAGACUGUGGUCUUCUAACACAGUGCUUUUCAAAAUUUAAUGUGCCUUUGAUUUAUCUGAGGAUCUUGUUAACAAUGCAGAUUUUGGUUCAGAGGGCAGGAAUGGGGCCUAAGAUUCUGAAUUUCUAGGGGCCUAGGAUUCUGAACUUCUAGCCAUUCCCAAGAAAUGCCAGUGCUUGGACCAUACUUUGAGUAGCAAGGGUCUAAGCAAUUGGGAUCAUAUUUUUUUUUAAGUUGGCAUAGUUCUGUAUCACCAGUCCUCUAUUUUAAAAAAUGAUUAUUAUUCCAUAAAUGCCUGUUGAAUUGGGCGUAAAGUGAAGUGAGUUAAGUUUUUAUAACUGUGUUAAAUAUUUACCACAUUCUAAUGUAGUUAAAGUAUCUCCUGAUAUAAAAUAAGUGCCUACUAUGGUAACAACUAAAAUAUAAGGAUAAGAAAAGGGACAGGAAAGCAGCACUCCCUCAAACACACACCUACACAAAUGAGAAACUAAACCAAACCAUUGCCGAGAUUUUUCUCCUGAGUCUUUUCGCCCUAGAAAUGCAUUUCUUCCACAAAGGCAUUCAUUCUCCCAAUAAAAAAUGUCAUGCUGAUUUUCUGUAUUUUAUGUGUCCUUCCAAAAACUGCGAUGUAUUGAUCAGUUGCUAGUUUAGAAAAGAUAAACUUACCAGGUACAUUUAAGCUUGAAAAUAUGACACUGCUCCUUUCUUCUUUCUCACAUUACUUGUCACAUGAACUUUUGUAUCCCAUCCAUUAUUCCCAUUGUUCCAGUUAAUUUCUUCCAAAAUGUUUGGUCACGGAAGUAACAAAAUCUGCAGUUCACCUAAUCAGUGAAGGGACUAUGAAUUCCUAUGACUGAUGAAGAUUUUUAUAUCUUUUAAGGAGGGCAGCAUAGGAUAGCUAUGAAAGUGCCAGCAAUAUGAGCUUUGAUUCUCCAAUGAAAACUCCCAUUGACAGCACACAGGAAAAAGUGCCUUGCCAGAGAGACAACGAAACUCAGUUCUGCUCUGUGCAAAGUGCAGACAUUAAACAAACCAUGAAUACACUGAUGAGGAAGUGUGCCCCUGUAAAACUCACACCCUUGGAAGAAAGUUGCAGAAACACUAAAACUGUCUAAAUACAUUUGUUAAUUAAAAGAGAUUUGGUUGAUUAAGCACCUUUUAAUAUAAUGAGAAUUAAGUUCUACUAGUAAAUUAGAAUAACAAUCUCUCCAGACUCAGAAGACCUUAAUAUCUUGUCAUUCUGUAGUGUAGCUUAAUUAGCAUGUUUAUUUCCAGGAUUAGAAAUCCACCUGCUCAGGAAAUUACUAUUAUGUUACUCCUUCAUUUUAUUUCUUCUGAUCAUAGGAAUAACCUGUGCUUUUCCUCUUUUACUCAUUAAGAUGAUUACCAUUGUCUAUUUGAUGACAUCUCUUGACACAAAACAAAUUUAAAAUUCAAUGAGAACACAUAUUUUUAGCACAAAAAUAUUGUAUAUCAAGCAUAUCCACUAAAUAUUCACUUUAGUUUUUAUUGCUUUAAAUGAUAAAUAAAACCUUCUCAAAGGCCAAGAGUUAUGCUUAUUUAACUAACUUUUCUAGUGUCCCAUAUAAAAGCAUAAGUUGGUAGAAUCCUACCCAGUAUUUUGAUGCAUAUUUUUAGUAUUAAUAUUUUCAUAUUUUUAAGAAGGAUAAUACUUUAAUGUUAUGCAUAACUUCUUCACAAAUAUGCUUUAAAGUUAUUAUACCAUUGUGUUAUUUUAUAUUUAAAUCCAUUCACAUACUGCUUUAAUUAUGUUUUACUUAAAAAAGUUAUGUCCCAAAUGAAUGAACAGUAUCUUUUCUGUUGCUGAUAAUAAUCCCAAAUAUAUAUAUGAGAACUAUUUUCACAUUUGCAGUAUAAAGAUCAGAUUCCUAUCUAAAAUUUUAUGGUUUUUGUUCAACCAAUUUACCUUAAUAGCUGAACUGAUAAGUUCUAAAGCUGUUUAUUAUCACUAAAGCUGCAGAGAUUAUCCUAUAAAAUUGUGAACAUAUAUAAGAUAGAUGAUUUUGUUUAUGAUAAAUAUCUUACAGAAGAACAAAAGCACUUCCUAAUUUGUUGCUUUAUACACCUUAGAAACAUGAGUUGCUAGGUAAGUAAAUGCAUAACAAAGCAUCCAUUGAUAUAGCUUUGGUAAAAAUUGUCACAAAAGGAAGAAAAUGCAACAUGGUUUAUACGAAGAUAAUGUAAUUAUUCUAUAGAAAAUUUCAACUUUGUAAAAAGUUAUCAAAUAUGUAACUAUUUGGGAAUAUUUCACAUUUAUAAUAGAGGGCAAUAAAAUUACAACUUUUCCAUG